UAAUACACCUAAUUUUUUAGAUGACAUUUAAUUAUGUCACGAAGUGUCCACCUAAUUUGACAACUAAAAUUACUACCUACUAUGAAAAAUUUCAAAGAUUUACGUGAGAUAUACAACAAUUUAGCCACUUUGAUUUGUAAUUUCUUUUUUGUUAUGUUAAGUGCAUGCAAAAGAAUCUUAGGAGUCGGACAAUUCUUCCAGCUCAGGGGGACAUGCAGUGUUACUGAUCCAAGUCGAAGAAGGUUUCGAUCAAAGAUGGACUUAAAUUUAAAGUGUCGGGAAAAUCCUAUUGUUAUUAAAGUGGAUUCGCCAGAGUUUAAAAGUAUAUUUACAGAAGAAGUUAUAGACCUAAAAAAAAUUUUUGACAAAUAUAAACAUGAAAUUAGAAUAGCUGGUGGUGCUGUAAGAGAUCUUUUAAUGGGACUUACACCAAAAGAUCUUGAUUUUGCCACAACAGCAACUCCUGAAGAAAUGAAAGAAAUGUUCACUGCGGAAGAAGUAAGAAUGAUAAACGUUAAUGGAGAGAGGCAUGGAACUAUCACUGCUCGAAUUAACGACAAGGAGAAUUUUGAGGUAACCACCUUAAGGAUUGAUAUGGUUACCGAUGGACGUUUUGCAGAUGUUCAAUUCACUAAAGAUUGGAAACUUGAUGCUAACAGAAGAGACCUUACUAUAAAUUCUAUGUUUUUAGGGUUUGAUGGAUCUGUUUACGAUUACUUUUAUGGAUAUGAAGAUUUACAAAAGAGAAGAGUUGCAUUUGUUGGAGAUCCUGAUGUUAGAGUCAAAGAAGAUUACUUGAGAAUUAUGCGUUAUUUCCGAUUUUAUGGAAGAAUAGCACUAAAACCAGACAAUCAUGAGGAAGAGACACUAAGAGUACUUAAAAAUAAUGUUCAUGGCUUGGAAAAUAUAUCAGGUGAAAGAAUAUGGGGUGAACUUAAAAAAAUUUUGCAAGGAAACUUUGCUGGAAAUUUGUUGAAGACUAUGCUCAAUGUAGGUGUAGGAGAGUACAUGGGUUUCCCAUUAUCUCCUAAUGUGCAAGAACUGGAUAUGUUAUUAAAAAGAGCCCAUCAUCUUAAUUUGAGUCCACUCAGUUAUCUUGCUGCUCUAGUUAAAGAUUUAGACGAAGUCACAGUCUUGCAUAGCAGAAUGAAAUUCUCGAAAUUGGAAAGAGAUUUGCUUUACUUUCUGGUAGAACAUAGAGAUGACAAAGUUUCUGAUAGACCCAUGAAACCCUAUGAAUCAUUAAUAUUAAAUACGUCAAUGAAGCAAAAAGUAGCCAUAGAAUAUGUGCGAGAAGUUUUAAAGUAUAGAGGAGAUGAAGAACUCUUAAAAAGACUUGACAACUGGGAAAUCCCUCGUUUCCCUGUCUCUGGAAAAACCCUUAAAGAAUGUGGAGUACCAGUUGGGAAAAUGUAUGGCCGAAUAAUUAAUAAACUCCGGGAUGCAUGGAUUGAUAGUGAAUAUAAAAUGACAGAAAAAGACUUAAUGUCUUAUUUACCUAACAUUAUUGAAGAAUUUGAAGAAAAAAAAAUCGAAAGAAAUAAAUAAAAUAUUUAAAAUUUAUUUAUUUUAACUUUAUAUUAAAUCUUUUAUAGAAUUAUUUAAUUUGUUGGAGGUUGAUAAUUUUCGUAUCUAUCACAGCCAUCAUCAUCAUCUUUGUGUUCCAUGAAGCAAAGCUUACAAAACAAAUAUCGACAUCCCAAACACCGCAAUACUGCAUCUUCAUUACAUAUCUCACAAAAAGGCAACUCAUCAUUUUUUGUAGGUGAAUCUACUGUUUCAUCAAGUGAAGGAUCAGCCUUUAUCUGAAAAAUAAUGAUGAAUAAUAAAUUUUUUUCUUA